AUGCAGAGACUGGGGGAGCGUCUCCUCCUGUUGCUCUUAGCAGCCUUUCUUCUUGCCGCCAGCAAGGAAUCAGAGACCCUGCAAGUGAGGCAAGAUCCUGCCCGGAUCCUGGCCCCGCUGGGGGGCUCGGUGGAGCUGUCCUGCCAGAUCAACGCUGCCCAGCACUGGGAGCGGCUCCGUGUGGAGUGGCGGAGGGACAGCGCCCCGAGGGCUUUCUGCCAGGUCGUGCUGGACAACGCCAGCGUCUCCAGCUGCUGCAGGGGUAUGGGGGCCUGUGAUGACGCCCGCCUCAGCUUCACCUGGGAUCCCCCUGAGUUCACCCUGAGGAUGGGCAACAUCAGUGAAGAUGACGUGGGGUGGUAUGUGUGCAAAGCCAUCGUGGAGAUCCCGGUGUAUCUGGAUGCCACGGGCAACGGGACGAUGCUGAAUACCUCAGAUCUAGUGUUGUGGCUGGGCCUGGCUGGGGCGCUGGCCGUCACCGCGCUGCUGCUGCUGCCUGCCGUGAUCUGCUGCUACAAACGCAGGCGCAGAGAUCCAGGGCAGGCAAUCUACGUGAACGUUCUGUUCCGCAAAAAGCAAGAGGGAAAGAAAGACGGCGGCCAAGCCAGGAGCGAGACGAAGCCGGGCAGCCUCUACAUCCAGGAGUUCCAGAGAAGGGGGCACAACUGGAAGCCUCCAGCCGCAGAACGGAGCCCUGGCCCCACGAAAGCUUCCAAAAAGGCCUCCUCCUUCACGCAGAGGGCAACGGAAAGGCCAUGA